AAUACCCCCCGCGGCUCGUGCGAAGGAAAAUGAAGGCGGCCAUGUUGUAGCAGCAAUCCAAAAGAAGGAGAAAGAAACCGAGCGAGUAGAGGGAAACAGUAGAAAGGGAAGACCGAGCCGUCGCGCUACACCAGAAAAGGAGACCUUUAUUACACAUUUAAUUUAGUCAAAACGCCAAGCCGGAGACAUCAUGAGCGGGGGAACUCCGUACAUCGGGAGUAAAAUUAGCCUAAUUUCCAAGGCCGAGAUUCGCUACGAAGGGAUCUUGUACACUAUUGAUACCGAAAAUUCUACCGUCGCACUCGCUAAAGUGCGCUCCUUUGGCACUGAGGACCGCCCCACCGACCGGCCCAUCCCACCUCGAGAUGAGGUGUUUGAGUACAUCAUCUUCCGGGGGAGUGACAUCAAAGACCUGACCGUCUGUGAGCCUCCCAAACCGACAUGCUCUCUCCCCCAGGACCCCGCCAUCGUUCAGUCAUCCAUCGGGUCCGCUCCAGCAGCAUCGGCAGCCUCGUUCCAGGCUGUGGGCUCGUACGGGCCCUUCAGCCGGGUCCCCGUGCCCUCCUACAGCCAGUUCACCACCACCCCCCUGGUACCCCAGCAGUUCGGGGCUGUCGGUGUAGGCCGCACAAGUCCCAGCUUGGAUCCUCUGAGGAAGAGCCCCACGCUGGAGCAGGCGGUGCAGACCACCCCCUCGGCUGCCCCCGCGCCCCCUGCCCCUGUGGGCCGGAGGAGCCCCGCCGCUGCCCGACCCGCCACCACCGGCGGCCAAAAGCCCCCGGACGUCCCGGACCAGAGGAGGGGCAAGCCCUGGUCUGAGCUGCACUCCGCUGUCCUGCAGUGCGCUACAGGUCCAGACGCCCAGAAAUUGCCCAGACCAGAGUCAGAGCCUGGCAGGGGUGAGAACAGGGAUGCAAAUAAACGACAAGCAGCAGGGGCGCCACCGCCCCGGCGGGGCCGCGGAGGAGGGCACCGCGGCAGGGGCCGAUUCGCCGUGCGCAGGGACGGGCCCAUGAAGUUCGAGAAGGACUUUGACUUCGAGAGUGCAAACGCUCAGUUCAACAAGGAGGAGAUCGACAGAGAGUUCCAGAACAAGCUCAAACUGAAAGUAGACGAUAAGCCGGAGAAGGUGGAGAAGGCAGUGAACGGGGAGGACAAAGCUGACUCUGGGGUGGAGACGCAGAACAGUGAAGGCAACGCAGACGAAGAGGAUCCCCUGGGACCCAACUGCUAUUAUGACAAGUCCAAGUCCUUCUUCGAUAACAUCUCCUGCGAUGAUACCAGGAAAGCUGCAGAAAAAUCUGGAGGUUCAGCAUUCCCAAGGGAGCGGAGGCAGACCUGGGCGGAGGAGCGGCGGAUGAACGCCGAGACGUUCGGCAUCCCGCUACGCCACAACCGGGGCCGCGGCGGCUUCCGCGGGCGAGGGGGGCCGGGGUUCCGCGGCGGGCGCGGCCGCUCGGCGAGCCGAGGGUCCUUCGGGCCCCCGCGCGGCGGCCCCCCCGGCUUCAGGGCCGGGUUCAGGGGAGGCCGGGGCGGCAGGGAGUUCUCAGACUUCGAAUACAGGAAGGAUAAUAAAGUGGCUGCAUAGUACACCUGGAGGAUGGAUCCAAUCAGAAAUGUAGCUCCUCGUGGUCCAGAAAAUGUUGUUUUUGAUUUCAACUUCUGACAGAAAGAAUGAAGAAAUGUACUUGCUGUAUAUUUGUCACCAGCACUGGGGUAGACUGCUUGUCUUCAAAGGGUGUGAAUGCAGUUUUGUUUCCUCUUACAAAAAAAAAAAAAAGUCAAGAAUUAAAAUGCGACCUAAAACUUUGUUUGAAAUAUAAGCAGAUGGAGAUCUUGUAUAUGACUACCAUACUUCAGUGGGACUAUUCAGUAUUUUUGCAUUGAUAUUUGAGUUUCUUACUAAACUUGUAUUUGAUAAUGUACUGUUAGGUGUAAAGAGAAGUGCAGAAUCCCGCUGAAACUGUGAGAGUACUAUGAUCACUGAAAUAGCUUUAUUUUUUGGAUAUAUCCUGUAAUGUAAUGUUUAGAUGCACCAAAUUCUUGUACAGAGCCAGUUGAAUCAGUUGCAGCUUUCUACUUUGCUUUUUUUUUUUUUUUUUUCUACUUCACAUAUCUUGUUAGCAAUCCUACCUUUCAGCUGCCUGCUGGGUUCUAGGUUUCCUUGUCUGGAAUACUUAUUCUAUUUGGCAGUUUUGUUGUUCUUGGAUAUCAGUCCAUUGUUGUCAAGACAGCUUGGAUUUGGGCAUACUAGCAAUUAGAUUGUACAGAAGUAUGGUACAUAGAGCUGUUAGUGUAAGACUUCAAAGCUUUUCCCUCCUUUUGGUUUGAUAUUCUUUCUUUGGUAAUCUCAGCAAAGGCCCAUUUACACAGGAAAUAAGGCAGGCCAUUAGAACGUUCUGUAUUACCCUGGUGGCUAGUUAAGUUAUGAACGUUUAGACAGUCAUAUAUUUACCAAGGUUUUCACAAAACUGGCAAAUGUGUCAAUCUAGCACAGGUACUGGUCUCACAGUGCUUGGGUCACAUUGUGUACAUCACUGGCCAUUAAUGCUGGCAGCUUAGCGAAUUCACUGGUACAUCAGAUCUGCGGUCUUAUGAAGAAUGAUGCAAUAUGUGCAUGUUUGCUUCAUUUCUGUCAAAUGUCUCUGUUGUGGCAACAUGCUAUUGGAUAUGAGUUGAGUUUAUUAUCUUUACAGGACAUGGAGACAGCACUUAUAUAGCUGACUGGUAAUUGUGAGAUGAUUAGCAGAUUUGGCUCGAUGAGUUGAUGACCUGACCUUAUGUUUUUUGCCCCCAAAAGUUUUCUAAAGUACUUACUCAGGAAGAAGACUAGACACUGCUGGAUAUUUGAUUUGGUUGAAAAUGUGUUUUGAUUGCACUUUAACGGAUGGUAAAAAGCCCGGUUGUCAGUUAACCCUUUAGAAAAUGGCCGAAGGUUGUCAAUGGCAUUGUAGGUUGUAGUUGGUAAUGGACUGUGGCUGAAAGUAUGCGGUAAUCUUAUUUUGUCAGAUCUGAUAUAUAUCCUGUGUGAAUGGGCCUUUAUAAGAGUAGUUAAUCUGCAGAGGACUUGUAAGGCUUUGUUUUAAAUUUAAUAUUAGUGGUGUCUUUUUUUUUUUUUUGGUUAAUGAAAUUUACUAUAAUUGUCAGCCGUUAAAUGAGAUGGUCAGAUCCUGCAGUAAAGUAACUCAACGCAAUGUGGCCCAUCAAGUUUCUUUUCCCCCUGUAUACAAUGACAGGCCUCAGGGACAGGAUGGAUCUUUCCCCCAAAUAAGAAUGGCCACAUCAUUAAACCAGUUUGAAUUUGGAGGAAACUA